AAGUUGUAUUUGAUACUUAAGCUUGUUAUCAAGAAAAUUACUAUAAAUUGCGUCAGAUGUUAACUUAAUUAUCGUUAUCAAUUUUAUUUUGCUUAUUGCACUGUGUCAGUUGACAGCGAAUGUCGAAUGUAUUCAGAUGACACAUGGCACAAACAUCAAACAAGUUAAAGUGGCAUUUAAAACUUUUAUUAACUUUUUCAACUUUAUCAAUUUAGUUUAUUAAGUUUAUAUUGUAUGUGUAUUAGUUUUAUAUAGAAAAUAUAUAUUAAGUUUAUGUGAUCGAAAAUUUUCAAGUACUAUUUAACGUUUUUAAUUAUUACAAAAAGUAUUUAACAUGCCCGAAGCAAAAGUUUUAGUUAUUGGUAGUGGAGGACGAGAACAUGCACUUUGUUGGAAAUUAGCGGACUCUCCAUAUGUAAAACAGAUAUAUUGUGCACCCGGCAGUGUCGGCAUUUCAUCUGUGGACAAGGUUGAAAAUCUCGAUAUCGACAUCAAAGAUUAUCCAGCAAUAGGAAAAUGGUGCAAAGAAAACUCAAUAGAUUUGGUUGUCAUUGGUCCAGAAGACCCAUUAGCCAAUGGGAUUGUAGAUGCACUGGCCCCAUUAGGCAUACAGUGCUUCGGCCCCAAGAAAGCUGGUGCGGAGAUUGAAGCCAAUAAAAGCUGGUCAAAGAAAUUCAUGAUGAAGUACCAGAUACCUACAGCAAGGUUCCAGUCCUUUAAUGAUGCUGCUGCUGCUAAGGAGUUUAUCAAAAGUGCUCCAUACCCAGCAUUAGUGGUGAAGGCAUCAGGUCUAGCAGCUGGCAAGGGUGUGGUUGUGGCUUCCAGUAAAGAGGAAGCCUGCCUGGCAGUUGAUGAGAUAUUGACAGAUGCUAAGUAUGGUUCUGCUGGACAGACGGUUGUGAUCGAAGAAUUGUUAGAAGGAGAUGAAGUUUCCGUGUUAGCUUUCACCGAUGGCGAGACGGUAUCCAUGAUGCCUCCAGCACAGGACCACAAGCGCGUUGGCGACGGCGACACGGGGCCUAAUACGGGCGGAAUGGGCGCCUACUGCCCUUGCCCGCUCAUCACCAGGGACCAGCUCGCAGAUGUACAGGACCAGGUGCUGCAGAGAGCUGUGGACGGUCUUAAGGCUGAGGGCAUAAAAUAUGUUGGUGUCCUGUACGCGGGUCUAAUGAUUACCAAAUCAGGCCCUAUGACCCUAGAGUUUAACUGCAGAUUCGGAGACCCUGAGACUCAAGUUCUGAUGAUGUUGCUCGAAACGGACCUCUACACUAUCAUGAAGGCUUGUGUUAAUGGCAACUUGAAACAACACCAAGUGACUUGGAACACGAAAAUGAGUGCAGUCGGUGUUGUUAUCGCUUCCAAAGGAUAUCCAGAAACUUCUACCAAAGGCUGCGUUAUUAGUGGGCUGUCGCAAGUAUCGUCGCAGCCAGGGCUGGCGGUGUUCCACAGCGGUGUGGCGCGAGGUGCUAACGGGUCGUUAGUGACGUGGGGAGGGCGCGUACUGUUGGUGGGUGCGCGUGCGCCGGCGCUGCGGGCGGCGGCGGCUGCGGCGACCGCAGCUGCUGCGGCUAUAGACUUCCCAGGUGCACACUACCGGAAAGACAUCGCACAUCGUGCUUUCUCCAAACUAAAUGGCCUAUCGUACUUGGAGAGUGGCGUGGACAUAGACGCGGCUGCGACACUAGUUCGUCAGAUAGAGCCGCUGGCGACGGCGACGCACCGCCGCGGCGUGCUCGGCCGCCUCGGCUGCUAUAGCGGCCUGUUCCAGCUCUCCGCUAUGGACCCCCGCCUUAAAGACCCUGUACUCGUACAGGGGACUGACGGCGUUGGCACCAAGCUCAAGGUUGCACAAACUAUGAAGAAGUUCGACACGCUCGGUCAGGAUCUAGUGGCGAUGUGUGUGAACGACAUUUUAUGCGCGGGCGCGGAGCCUUUCGCGUUCCUCGACUACAUGGCGUGCGGCAGGCUGCAGGUCGACGUCGCUACUACUAUCGUGAAGGGCAUCGCUGAUGCUUGUAUCUUGUCUGGAUGCGCAUUGUUAGGGGGUGAGACAGCGGAGAUGCCGAGUAUGUAUGAAGUAGGUAAGUAUGACUUGGCGGGGUUCGCGGUGGGCGUGGUGGACGCGGGCGCGCAGCUGCCGCGCUCCAGCAGCCUGCGGCCCGGGGACGUGGUGCUGGGGCUGCCCUCCACAGGCCCGCACAGCAACGGAUACAGCCUUGUGCAUAGGAUCGUCAGCGACUCACGACAUAGUUACCACGAAAAAGCACCAUUUUCGACAACAAACAAGACAUUCGGUGAAGAAUUGUUGGAACCAACAGCGAUUUACGUGAAGACAUUACUACCAGCGGUCAAGAAGGGUGUUAUAAAAGGGCUCGCCCACAUCACCGGCGGCGGACUGCUCGAGAACAUUCCCCGGAUACUGCCGCCUGAUGUCAAAGUUAAAUUAGACGCUACCAAGUUCAGAAUAAAGCCGGUAUUCGGUUGGCUGCAAGCUAAAGGUAUGGUUUCUGAUUUCGAAAUGUUGCGUACCUUCAACUGCGGCGUGGGCAUGGUGGUGAUAGUGGCGGCCGCGGACGUCGACACUCUGCUGGCGAUGGUGGAGGACCCCAUUGACGUCAUAGGUGUUGUGGAGGCUAUGGGAAAAGAAGGCGGGCACCAGGUGGUGGUGGAGCGGUUCCCGGAGGCGAUGUGCGGGCUGCGCGCGCCGUACGCGGACGCGCCGCCGGUGCAGAAGCCCCUCAGUUACAAAGACAGCGGCGUGGAUAUUGAAGCUGGAGACUCGCUUGUAUCGCUUAUCAAACCACUUGCAAGAUCAACAACUCGUUCAGGAGUGUUAGGUGGUCUCGGGGGAUUCGGUGGUUGUUUCCAGUUGAAGGCCAUAGAACACGAAUAUAAGGACCCAGUACUAGUAGUGGCAGCUGACGGCGUAGGCACUAAGCUGCAGGUAGCCCAGCGCGCUAACAGACACGACACAAUCGGUCUAGAUCUAGUCGCGAUGUGUCUCAACGACAUCCUCUGUAACGGCGCUCGUCCUCUCACUUUCCUGGAUUACUUCGCCUGUGGAGCUCUGGAUGUGAAUGUUGCUAGAAGAGUGGUAGCUGGGAUUGCUGAUGGUUGUCGACAAGCUAAUGCUGCACUUAUAGGUGGGGAGACUGCGGAGAUGCCGGGCAUGUACCCGGCGGGCGUGUACGACAUCGCAGGCUUCGCCCUCGGCGUGGUCGAGCGCUCGCACAUCCUGCCCAAGAUUAAUGACAUCACGGUUGGCGAUAUAAUAAUAGGUCUACCGUCAAACGGGGUGCACAGCAACGGCUUCAGUCUGAUACACAAGCUGAUGAAGAAGGCCGGACUCACGCUAGAAGACAAGGCUCCCUUCAGCAAGGAGGGACUCACACUGGGCGAGGAGCUAAUAAAGCCGACGCGUAUCUACGUGGAGAGCGUGCUGCCGGCGCUGCAGCGCGGCGCGGUGAAGGCGGUGGCGCACGUCACCGGCGGCGGCCUGCUGCACAACCUGCCGCGCGUCAUGCCCGACUGCGUGCGCGCGCGGCUCAACGCGCACUGGUGGCACGUGCACCCGGUGUUCGCGUGGAUAGCGGAUACGGGUUCAGUGAAGGAUGAGGAAAUGCUGCGAACCUUCAAUUGUGGUAUUGGAAUGGUGCUGAUCGUCUCCCCGGAGGACCAGGCGGAUGUGAUGAACAUAACCCGUUCGUUCGGCGCGAUGGUGAUAGGGUCCGUGCAGGCGCGGCCGGCGGGCGGCGCGCGCGUGCUCGUCGACAACUUCGCCUCCGCACUCGACUUCACCCGCCGCAUGCCGCUGCUUAAUAACAAACGUGUGGCGGUGCUGGUGUCGGGCGGCGGCAGCAACCUGCAGGCGCUGGUGGAGGCGGCGCGCGAGCCGGCGCACUGCAUGUGCGCGGAGGUGGCGCUCGUCGUCUGCAACAAGCCCGCCGCGUACGCACUCAAACGCGCAGAGGCCGCCGGGAUACCCGCACUGGUGUUCAAUCACAAGGAUUACAGUUCUCGCGAAGAGUUCGACCGCGCGGUGUGCGCGGCGCUGGAGGCGCACCGCAUCGACCUCGUCUGCCUCGCCGGCUACAUGCGCAUUCUCUCCGCGGAGUUUGUUGAGAAAUGGAAGGGUCGCCUAGUGAACAUCCACCCGUCGCUGCUGCCGCGGCACCGCGGGCUGCACGCGGCGCGCCAGUGCCUGGCCGCCGGCGACGCGCACUCCGGCUGCACCGUGCACUUUGUUGAUGCUGGAGUAGACACAGGUCCAAUAAUAACACAGGAGCGAGUGCCGGUACUCAAAGACGACACUGAGGAGAGUCUUACCGAGCGCAUCCACCAAGCGGAGCACCGCGCCUACCCGCGCGCGCUGCGGCUGCUCGCGACUGGUCGCGUGCGACUCAGCGCACAAGGGGAGGUACUCUUCCACACUUAGACCACACUUAAAAAAAUAACUUAACUAACUAUAUAAACUGAUUAAAGUCCCAUAUUUGAUUAAAAAGGCAUUUAUUUAAUUAAAAGUAAAUAAAACUAUGCUUUAUCUUUUGAAAUACGAUAAAAAAUUGUCUAUUUUUACUCACACAAUUAUGACGAUAUUUAAAAAAAUUACAAAAAAUCUGUUUUUUGCUCAAUAUAAUAUCGAUUCUAAAAAAAACAUGUGCCUAUUAUCUGUGCCUUAAUAGUAAUAAAGUUAUGUUCCUAUAAUUUUGCAAGUAAAUAUUAACACAUUCAAUGCUAAUAAGAUUUUUACAAGUCUUCCAGUAUACAUACAUUUGGAGUUUUUAUUUAAUGUGUAAUUUAAUUUAAGCACUGGCAUAAAAACAUUUUUUUUUUGUGGCAUUGAAUGUUUAUGAGAAAAUCAAAGCAUGUUAUUUGUUAAUCUAUGACAAUUAAUGUCUUCCAUAGACAAUAUUUCAGAUUUUUUACAUUCCACAUAUUUUACAAAAUACUUUAUUAAUCUGCAAUUUAUUAUUGAAUUUACACAAAUGUCAACAAAUAAACUCGAAUAUUUUCAUCUGGUAUUUUAAGUAGAUUUAAUUUGUUAAUAUAUUGUAGACAUUUUUAAUAAUUUUAGAGAAUGUUUAAAUAAAAAGAUUUAUUAUA